AUGUCCCAUGAGGGGGCUAAUGGUGGUGAACCUCAGAACCAGUCCAAAGCUGUCUGUCUGACUGCAACACUGACAUCUGACCCCAGAGUAAAGGAUUCUGGGAAGCUGGACCCAGAUGAGAAGAUGAAAAUACUUGAGAAGGCUGGGAAGGCCAUGGUGCUGGUGCUAACCUUGGUGUACCAAGAUGGAACAACUCAGUUAGACCCAGAACAGAAGCUCACUCCACUAGUGUGUGGUCUCCUUGUGCUGAUGAAGAACAGUCUUGACUGCAGCACACCAGAAGACUCACUCGGGCCAAGCGACAGUCUGGUCUACUUAAAACUAGAGCACACACCUGCAUGGGCCCAGCAACACACACACCAGAGCCAGGAGCUUUUUACUAGAGACAUCCUGCUACAGGUGCUAUCAAGAUCUCAACUGGUGGUGUGCUAUAAAGCCAAGGAUUUGCUUCGUACAGCUCUGCACCUUUACAGACGAGACCUCAGCUGGAAACAAGUGGCAGGCUGUCAUAUCCAGGACCCACAGGUGUCAGGGUGGCUACUGGAUCCUGCAAAUCCCUCCUCCUGUUUCCACGACCUUCUCAAUAAGCACCUCAAAAGACCCUGUCCAACACCUGCCCUGGGUACCAAGAAGGUUUCUCAGGUAAUCUCAGGUCUCUGUUCGCUCUACCGGCUUAACAUGGAGCUAUGCUUUAAACUACAGAGCCAGGGGCUGUGGGAGUUGUACACACACAUGGAGCUGAACAUGAUCUCUGUUCUAGCAGCUAUGGAGAGCCAUCACAUUCAUGUGGAUAAAGACGCUCUUAGGAGAACUUCAGACCUGCUGGGGACAAAGAUGAAGCAGCUGGAGCAGGAGGCCCACCGAGCAGCUGGACAAAUAUUCCUGAUCACCAGCAACACUCAACUACGAACAGUUCUGUUUGAGAAGCUGUGCCUCCACGAGCGCUGCGAGAACAAGAGACUCCCCAAGACCGUCAACAAACAACAGCAGUCAACAUCAGAAGCUGCAUUGUUGCAGCUUCAGGACCUGCACCCUCUGCCAAAGAUUAUUCUAGAGUACAGACAGGUUCACAAAAUCAAAUCGACUUUUGUUGAUGGGAUUCUCUCAUGCAUGAUGAACAAGAACUACAUUUCCUCUACGUGGUACCAGACAAGUGUGGUGACAGGGAGGAUCUCAGCCAAGCACCCAAACUUCCAGGCUCUGCCGAGGCAGCCCCUUCAAAUCACCAGGAAGCAGUGCAUCCAAGGAAAGGAGGAGGAGGUGGUGAGCGUUCAUCCUCGGGCAAUGUUCAUUCCUCAGGAAGGAUGGACUUUUCUAGCUGCAGACUUCUGCCAGGUGGAGCUGCGUCUGCUGGCUCACCUCUCCUCUGACCCUGAGCUGCUCCGCAUUUUCACCCACCCGCAGGCGGACGUCUUUACCAUGUUGGCCUCUCAGUGGAAAGGAGUGAGUGAGAGUGACGUGACUUCUGAGGAUCGGGAACAUGCCAAACGCAUUGUCUACUCCGUUGUGUACGGGGCAGGUCGCGAGCGCCUGUCAGGGAUCCUCGGGGUGAGCGCUGAGCAGGCCAGCCGAUUCCAGGACAGCUUCCUCCAGACCUACAGAGAAGUCCCGGUCUUCAUCCAGAGAACCAUCCAGCAGUGCCACAAACAAGGUUAUGUGCUCUCCAUCAUGGGUCGUCGACGGACCCUCCCUAACAUCAGCUCCCCCGAUUGGGGCAUCCGCAUGCAGGCUGAGAGGCAGGCUGUCAACUUUGUGGUCCAAGGCUCUGCCGCUGACCUCUGUAAGAUGGCCAUGAUCAGAAUCUUUAACCUGGUCUCCUCCUCCAGCUCGCUCUCUGCCAGGCUGAUAGCACAGCUCCACGAUGAGCUCCUGUACGAAGUGGAGGACUCCCAGGUGGAACACUUCGGAGCUCUGGUGAGGAGCACCAUGGAGGCCCUUCAGCACAAAGACCACCUCGGAGUUCAUCUCAAGGUCCCCCUGAAGGUGGCAGUCUCCAGUGGCAAGUCUUGGGGAUCUAUGUCUGAGCUUAACAUCCCUCCACUGUCUCCCUCUCCUUCUCUUUGA